AUGCACUGGGAGCUCCGGGGGGGCACUGGGAGCUCCUUGGAUGCACUGGAGCUUCUUGGGGGCACUGGGAGCUCCUUGGAUGCACUGGGAGCUUCUUGGAGGCACUGGGAGCUCCUUGGAUGCACUGGGAGCUUCUUGGAGGCACUGGGAGCUCCUUGGAUGCACUGGGAGCUCCUUGGAUGCACUGGGAGCUCCUUGGAGGCACUGGGGAGCUCCGUGGGGGCACUGGGAGCUUCUUGGGGGCACUGGGAGCUUCUUGGGAUGCACUGGGAGCUCCUUGGAUGCACUGGGAGCUCCUUGGAUGCACUGGGAGCUCCUUGGAGGCACUGGGAGCUCCGUGGGGGCACUGGGAGCUCAUUGAGAUGCACUGGGAGCUCCUUGGGAUGCACUGGGAGCUCAUUGAGAUGCACUGGGAGCUCCUUGGGAUGCACUGGGAGCUCCUUGGAUGCACUGGGAGCUCCUUGGAUGCACUGGGAGCUUCUUGGGAUGCACUGGGAGCUCAUUGAGAUGCACUGGGAGCUCCUUGGAUGCACUGGGAGCUUCUUAGGAUGCACUGGGAGCUCCUUGGGGGGCACUGGGAGCUCCUUGGAGGCACUGGAGCUCCUUGGAUGCACUGGGAGCUUCUUAGGAUGCACUGGGAGCUCCUUGGGAUGCACUGGGAGCUCCUUAGGAUGCACUGGGAGCUUCUUGGGAUGCACUGGGAGCUCCUUGGGAUGCACUGGGAGCUCCUUGGGGGCACUGGGAGCUCCUUGGGAUGCACUGGGAGCUCCUUGGAGGCACUGGGAGCUUCUUAGGAUGCACUGGGAGCUCCUUGGGGGCCACUGGGAGCUCCUUAGGAUGCACUGGGAGCUUCUUGGAUGCACUGGGAGCUUCUUGGAUGCACUGGGAGCUUCUUGGAUGCACUGGGAGCUCCUUGGAUGCACUGGGAGCUCCUGGGAUGCACUGGGAGCAUCUUAG